AUGGAUAGUUUAGGUUCCAGAUUCUUAAUUGACAAAGUACAAGCUUUUGAAGACAUACAGGCUUCAUCAGAUUAUUUCAUGACUGAUGGUACUGAAGGAGUCUCAUCUCUUGCCAAUUUCAUGACAGAGAAUGAGCAGAAAAUCUUUGAUGAUUUAGAUACUAAAACACCACAUCCUAAAUACUGGAUGCCACUUGUUUGGGCUGGAAGCAUUGUAGCAAGAGCUAGGAAAGAAGGAAGAAUUCGUGAUGACUUUGCUGUUAAAACUAUCAUUGAUGAAAUCAACAGGUUUCGUGGUUUAUGUGGAGGACUUCUCAGUUAUGAUUGGAUAAGCAUCCCACUAGUUUUAUACUCAUGUGUUGUGACUCUAGCCGUGUAUACCUUUUUUAUUGCACAAUUAUGGGGACCGUCAGUUUUCUGGAUCCAAAGCAAAAUUUUACCCAAGCAAGACAUUGACUUCUAUGUUCCAAUUUUUACCUUUCUUCAAUUUUUUUUCUAUAUGGGUUGGUUGAAAGUGGCUGAAUCUCUUGUGAAUCCCUUUGGAGAGGAUGAUGAUGACUUUGAAGUCAAUUGGUUGGUGGACAGGAAUUUACAGGUAUCGUACUUAAUUGUGGACGAAAUGCACAGUGAGGCAUCCAGAACUUAUUCAGGACAAAUACUGGAUGAAAUUUUCCCUACAGAGCUUCCUUAUACCAUUGCUGCUGAGCAGUUCAGAAUAGAGCCUCCACAAGGCUCAACAGCUAAUUUAGAGGUCCCAGAGCUAGAACAAGAGUUCUUGGCCUCUUUCUAG